AUGCUAGCUCAAACUUGUGGAUCGACGGGAGAGGGUUUGGGGGGAACCACCGGGCAGCGAGAUUGUACGGUACAGCGCAAACGCGGACAUGACAACGGGCGUCUCGGCGCAAUCAUCGCAUUUGUCCAGAUUGACGGGCUGGUCGAAACCUUGACAGCGCGGGUCUUGAGUCGCCUUAGCGCAGACGGCGCAUUUCGUUGUGGAAUGGAAACGAGCCGUGAAUCAGACGCCGGGCAGUUCCGGAUAGAGGCGCGUCUUCAUGCCACUCCAGGCAGCCCGCAGAAGCCCGGAAAGGGCUCCGUGGCCGUCGACGGCGAGCGCAGUCGCCCUGGUCCUGGGUCUCUCGGCAAAACAACACCGAGCUGCAGGCGGCUGCCAGGCCCGCCCAACCCAGCCCCACUGACCCCGAUCAAUCUGGCGAGAUGGCAAGAUCUCCACGUCUCGCGCCAAUGGGUUGGGUUGGGCCCUGGAAUGUUGACGAGACAGCUGGGCUUCCAGAAGGUGUGGCUGGUGGAUUCUACUGCGCCACAUGCGCCAGGCGCCCCACCGGGCCUGUUCACCAGUCCCGUUCGCACAGCCACAUCUCAAACCGCCCAUCCAAUCCUAGUGCAGAGAAAUCACGACGAGUUUGAGGUUCAAGAUAUCUUCUGGACAUCAUCGCGACCAAGGCACGCAACAGUCGACCACGGCCUCUGUCCCCCUCGUAAACGACAGAGGAGGCUUCUGGAUCGAUCUCAGGUGCCUGAUACGGGUCGGCAAAGCAGUUCUCACCCCGCCACUCGCGUCACGGGGCAACGAGGUCCUCGCAGAGCGUUGCGAGUGCGAAUCGUUGGGAAAGCAGCUUCUCACUUUGCCAGCUGGCGACGGCUCCCCGCACCUGGCAGUUCUGCCUGGGGAGGACCUGUUCAUCUUCGUCGGCCCUCGCCGUCCCCAACCCCGCCCACUCUCACCUUGUCACCCUCUCCUCCCUGCCUGCCACCCAAACCAAACACACACACAUCUUUCCCGUCUUCACCCCAGGGAUCAACUUCCGUCACAAACAAUCGCGCACAACUGCACUCAUCCCUCCAGAGCCCGUGGGACUUGUCUGCACCAUCGCUACAGCUCGUGCUGCAUCUCAAGUCGCCAACCUCGGAGCCGCAGCCAGACUGCCGCGUCACAAUUCCUGCUCCAUUCAAAGAACGGCAGCUCCCACAUCAUUUGAAGGUGCUGGCUGAGCAACCAACAGCUCAGUCUUUCCUUUCGCUGCUCUCUCGCGGCUUCCAACCCCAGCACCUGCCAAGCUUCGACCGUCACAGCCGGCCGCGCGCUCAACGCGGCUUCCACCCCACCCAUUUCCCUAGAGACGCGUCCAGAGGAGGAUCAUCUUGGCCAAAGAUCGCUUAUUUGGGCAGGCCCUUCGUCGCCUUCUCUCGUUGCCUACAUUUCUCCUCCCUUGGUUGCGUUCCCGGCACCCAAAGGCGAGCUGUUUGGUCGUGCUCCUCUCCUGUGGAUUUUUGGAGUCUUCCUAGCAGUCAUCAUCAUCGCUCAGGCCUCUGCCGACAGCGUAUCCGCCACUGA